AUGCCUUACUCGACGGGCUCUAUCGACUCUGGCUACCAUGGUAUGCAUCGCCAUACGAAACGCCUCGAGUCUCGGCCCAAAACCACUGGCGGACUGACCGUCUUCGAUUACUACGAAGCUUCGAGCAACUCCUCGGACCUCACUGCGAUGAGCGUCACUGGAACCGACGAGGACGACUCGUUGUACUUCUCGACGACGCCUGGGACUCCCAGCUCUCCUCCUCUCGCGGAUACUCACCUCUUGUCGGACUUCCUCGAUGUCGCCGUUCAGCAUCAUCGAAGGCACAUCGAUGAGAAGAAGGGUGCCACGACGAUUAUACCUCCGUCAAAGUCUGGCCGAGCUCGCGCUCGCCGCUCCAAGAAGAAGCUUCGUCGAGGUCCCACCCAAAUGUUUGACAUUGGCUCGGCCAUCGGAUCUUGUUGCUCCAUGCCUGGCAGCAGUGCUCAGAUGAUGCCGAAUGAUAUGGGAGGCGGUAGAGGUCGACGACGUCGACCGAACCAAAAUCGAUCCCGACUCGAAGACCUCGCCUUCCAGGUCUACGUCUACUUCCAAUCCCUGCUCGCCGUCCUCGUUCAACAGCUCGAAGACGUCGAGAAGAGCGAUGCCGCCUCGACGUCUUCUUCUUCUUCUUCUUCCACUCAUUCUGACGGUGCUGCCUAUUAUUCUCUUCUGACUACUAGUAUUCGGGAAUAUUUGAUGUUUUUGGAGAGGUGAGCACUGUAAAGAGAGAAAAUGUGCUCUGAGGAGAUUUUUAAAAACGAUUUUGAAGUAUGAAUACUGGUUUCAAAGGAUUCACCUUUUUAUUAUGGGAAAAGAUAUGACCUAGCGUUUGAGGGGGCCUGGCUUGACUCGUUUUCGACGUCGAAACUGCGUCUUUUUGUGGUUUUUGUUAUUUUUUUCGGCGUUUACGGUGUUUUUCCUUUCGAUAGUGAUCUCAAUCUUUUUAUGGGGCUUUUUCAAUGAAAGUCGACUAGUGGACGGAUUACGGAUUAAUUGGGAGGCUUUUUUUGCUGAGAAAAACUUUGGAACUUGUUAAUGAAGACGGGUACUAGAAGAAACUGAGAUCAUCCAACUUCAUAAAAGUGUUCUUCAAAUAAAGGCUUACUUGAGCAGAUCCAGUUUGCUUCGAGGAAAAACUGAUUUUUGGUGAAGUUACUGUUCGGAAGACUUUUAAAUAACUCGAAGUUUUUUCAUUGAAAUUCCCUAAUUUUCAAGUUUGAGAGGAUCUUUUUCUUUUAUACGGAAAUUGCUCUUCGAAAAACUACUUUCAAUAUUUUUUUAUUCAUUUGUAUGAAGUAGUUUAAAAAUUUUCAGUUUUCGAAGGUUUUUUUUUCUGUCUUUUCUGUUUGAGAGAAGCUUUUUUUGUUUAAAUUUGCCAGAUAUCUCUCUAAUAACUUAAUUUUUCAACACGAUCGGAAAUCUCUGAAAAUUCCUAUAAUGUUUGCUCUCAGCGGCAUUUUUGUUGUGCGAAAUUUUUAAUAUUAAAUAUUUUUUUCUUUCGAAGAUCCAUUUAAAUCAAGUUUUUUUAUGAAAAAACAUUGAUAAGUUUUGAAUUUGUCCUAUCUAUGCAUAUUGACAGGAAUUCACAGUUCACACUACUUUUCUGAGGAAUUCUGGAGGAGGAACUAAAGAAGUUGUUUGGAGUUGAUAGAUAGUAUCUUGACCGAAACUGGCGCCGUUUUUUUUUUUCUGAGUUUUGUUGUAAUACUUUGAUUUCGCUUCUUGAUUUCGCAGCAAAAGUGUCAAGAGAAAUCGGAUUGAAAGCUGAUGAUAAGAAUUAUAGCGAGAUUUUUGAUCAUAGAUCGAGUUUUUACUGGCUUCUUAGGUGAUAAUUUAUUUGAGAAAGGUGUCAGUCAUUGGUUUGAGUGACAUUGGAAGUUUUGAGGAAGUGAAAUUCGAAGGAAAGGAAACUCUAAUGGAAAAUAAUUAAAUGAUUAGAGUCAAAAAGUGUUAGUUAAAACCUGUGCAAAGUUUUAUUUACAAACUUUGAAACUUUGAAACUUUUAUUCAGUCUUCAGAGUAGGUUCUCUGCUGAAUCAUGGAAUAAUUGAAGAGUUUUUUGUCGGUUCGAGAAACUGUCGUUGAUCAAGCGUAGGGGUCUAGUGGUUAGGAUUCUCUUCAUUUACAGCCCGAAAGAAAAUUUCCUCGACUCAAAUUUAUUUAAUGUGGAGAUUUCAUCAAUUUUUGUUAUAGUUUAGUCGCCACGACUUGAAAUUUUCCGACUUGCCUGCGCUUUUUUUUCUUUCUCGUAUGAAAAAUUUUUUUCAUUAGGAGUUGAAGCUAUAUUUUUCCUUAAAGAAAUGAAAAUAAUUGAAUUAAAACGUGGAUUUAAGAAGCCUACAUGCUGUUGGAAGAUAUUGACAAUUUUUUUAUGAACUUUUUUAACCGGUUUCUUAAUUAUUUCCGAGAAAAUUAAUGGUUUAUUGGUUUUUUCAGAAACUACGCCUUGAGCUGCCGAGCACAAAACGCCGGAACUCAGACGCCGUCGUCAUCUUCCUCUUCGAGUAACGAUGCGACGAACAAUAUCGAUUGGACACGGGUUUCGCGAAGUAUGAGCUUGCAGUUUGAGCUUGAAUGAGACCAUGCAUUGAUUAUUUUUCAAGAAAAACAAGUUAUAUUCCGAAGCUACGCAAAAAUAUCUGGAAGAAAAAAAAAAACUUUCCUUUCCAGCAGAUUUCGCGACGAACGAGGAUGUCAUGCGAGCCGUGCAGCAACUCGCCAAGAACGCCAACACGUCAGCUGCAGCAGCUGCAGCCGCGGCGGCCGCGACUGCUGGCGCGAUGCCGAUGACGAUGCCGUCGCCGCAGCUCGCUGCGAUCACGGCCGCUGCAAUCGCCGGCGGCUACCAGCCUCAGUUGGCCUACAUGUCGCAAGACGAGCGCAACAACCUCGAGCUCUUCUCGCGAUUGAACGGCCUUCCGUCGUUGCCCUACUAUCCGCAUCCUAGGUGAGAUUGGAGGCUGGGUCUAACCUGCAGCCUGAACUAAAUUAAUUUACUAGAGAACUACUUUGGCUCGGGAGUGAGUAUCGAGUUGAAACUUUGGGUGCUUAGAGACAUUGGUAAAAGUGCUAGGAAUCACACACGAGAAAUCAUCUGCUAAACCCUAUAGGCCUCUGAAAAAAAGCUUCUCAGGGAAAUAAAGGAAGAGUCAUUUACGCGUCCAGACUUUUCUUAUCGAAGUGUCACAGUGGUUAAAGGGCCAGUCUCAUGGUUUGUAAGCCACCAAAGUUUCAACUCGGUACACUUUAAAGUUGAAGAGAAAUCGGGUUUGUAAUGUUCAAAUAGACGUAGAAAGAUUUAAUUGAAUGAAAAGUGUGUAUGAGCAUCCAGGGUGAGAAUCAACCCGACUUUUGUCUGGCAGUCGAACUAUUAGGUUGCGAAGCACCAUUUAAGGCCACUUUUCCAUGUUUUGUGUAUUUUGCGAGCUUUAAAGCGUCAUAACUGGACUAUAGGACAAAAGUGCAGCAAGUUUUUUUUUUAUUGUUCUGAACUAGAAGGUUCUAGUUCACUUGAGAUAAGUUUCAUCAAAAGUCUAACUGGGGCAAAAAUUGCGUUCCUCGUCAGUUCUGAAAGGAACGUUUUGCCAAAUGCCUCCAACGAAUAAUUUGCCUGCUUCAGCCUAUCGCACAACAGACCCGGUAGCAAUGGUCAGCCGCACCUGACGUCCCAGCCACCGCCUCCGGUUCUACCGCCGGCUACGGCGUCGACGUCACGACAUCCGUCGUCCUCUUCGAUGUACGGUGGCUCCAAUAACAGCAUAAACACUCUCGGCGUCAACACGUCGAUUCCGCCGCCACCGACGCCAUCGUCGCUGAGUUCGGCCAAUCGAGUACUUUCUUAGCGUUCACACAAAGUUUCCAAGGAAUUCUUGAAGGUGCAGCAUCCGCCGCCGAUUCCGAGCAAAGAUGCGCCGGUGAACGUUUCGAGAAGCUUGUCGGGAAAUGUGAAUGGUGUCCCGAAAGCCAACGAGGUUCAUCAUGUUGCUCCACAAAAGGUGAUUAUGAAUCAAAGAAAAUUUCAAAGAAUGAAGAUUUCAAUUCAAUUUAUUUAUUUUUCGCAACAUCGGGAUGGUAUGGUGAUGUUGCAGGGAGGGAAAAAGACCACUAGGUGGAUUAACUAACCCCACCUGUGAAGAAAAAAAGUUUUUUGUGUGAGAAAAGAAACUUAGAACCAUAAUAAGUAGAUAUUUAAAACCAAGUUGAUCAUGGCACAAAUCUGUGAACACUUGAAAGAAUAUGCUCGACGCCCACAUUUUCUGCAUACACUAAAAACAUGUCCUUAAAUUUUUUCUUGUCUUCCUCUGCCAAUAAUUGAUGAUCAAUGUCAUUCCAAACAUUAGUAAUGCGAUGUGAUAAGAAACUGAAGAAAACCAGUGAAGGUUUCGUUUUUAUUAAUUUAAAACCGUUUUCUCUGAGCUGACUGGGACGGUCAAAGUUGUUAUGUACCUGGAUGGGAGAGUCUGACUAGCACUUAUUAUGCACUUUUGAAUUAUUUGAAAAGGCUUUCAUAAAAUUUUGGUGUCAUGAAAAGUCAUAAAAUUGUUGUUUAUGAAAAAUAUUCUUUUUGAGAGUCAGUUCUAUUUUCGAACUAGGACCAAGCUCAGUCUGAAAAAGACAAAAAUUUUCUGACCAGUUAGACCUAACUGAUUACAUUCUGUUCUGAGAAAAACCUCGAGAAAUUGAUUUUGAACAGCAUCUCCUCGAUUAUUUCAACUUGUCAAUAUGUCUAUAUUAGGAAUGCUACUCGGCGGUUCUGCAACGAGGGAAUUCGGACGCCGAGAGAGAUCGACCAAAAGUAGCUGUUAAAAAGGAAGAAGUGCCCGUUAGGACAAAUCAACCGGCAGAGGCGAAUCGACGUAUAUAUUUAUUUAUUUAUUUUUUUGAAAAAAAGAGCGAUUCGUAUCGGAGUUGAAGCUUCUGGUGCUUGGAAUGAUGGAACGUCCGGAAAUAUGCAUGCUUUUCUAG